AUGAAGACAUUGACCAAUCAUAACAUAGGAAAACUACACUGUGAAUUAAUUAGACGGCAAACGAUAGGUGAAGACUGAGAGACUCCGAUCCCCUGCUUGGACUUUACACAGUUGAUUGUUGACAUAGGAUUGAAGUUGAAUUCAGGAAGGUGAAUAAUGAGAGAAAAAUGAGUCAAUAAUAAAUAUAUCAGUUUUAACUGAUGAAAAAGUAAAAUUGUACGAUUUCCUUUAACCAGUGGGAGUCAACUGUCAUUUUUUGUUCUGUAUUAUCUAAUAGGUUCAAGUUAAGGUCUUUUUAAACUGGAUGCUCUAACGAAUUACUCAGAUGUUCAAAAUCACUGCAAUUUCGAUUUUAAAAAAAAUUGUAUGAUUGGACGCAGGCAUUUAAUUCUCACCCGAAAAACCGCAGAACCGCGUUUCUCGAGUUCGUUUUCUUAGAUUGAUACAACUGUCAGUUUUUGCCGCUGAAGAAAAUUUCAUACUUUGUCUUUCAGAACUAUUUGCUGUUCACGAAAACAAAUGCCUUACAGGCUACGCUGUUAAAAAGCUUAAAUCUCCCAGUUUGAUGAUAUGCAACCAUUCGUGCUUCAGAAACUCGUGGUGUACUUCAACAAACUUCAAAGAAUCAUCCCUGGAAAUUGGCAAAGGAACUUGUGAACUAAAUGAACACGGAGAAAUCGGCGAAGACACAGAGUUGGAAGAUGAGCAAGGAGUUACUUUCUCCAUAGUCCAAAAGGUAAAAUAA